AUGUGUGGCCAAGACAAGCCGAGCGGCGCAGAGUACCGGACACAAGGCUGUUUCAAGCCCGUGGACAAGGCAGUCGCAAAGAAUGGAGAUCUUGUAGUAGAGGAGUUUCCCAUCUCCUUCGAUGGCUACGACUACAUCCACGGGCGCAUUGCAUAUAUCGUUGGGAGUGCACCUGCGCCGGUGAUCCUGGUGCAUCACAACUACGCGGGUUUGAAGCAGUUUGACAUCGAUCAAGCCUGCUUUUUUGCAAAGGUGGGCUACGUUGGUUUGGCAGUGGACCUGUACAAAGAGACCGCGGCCUUCACCUACAAGGAUAGGUCUGUGAAUUAUGGGCAUCCCGUGGAUCUUGAGGGGUUUUGUGCGGCUGCACGUGAAGACAAUCCCAUGGAGCGCGAGAACUCGCAGUACUCCGACGAGGAGCUACGCGUGUUCUUCGAUGCGGUCCCGAAAGCGGAUGGCAAGGUGCACUGGCAAGGCAUCAAGCACUUCAUUGGAGCUUUUCGCCAAAUGAAUGCAUUGCUGCGGGCGCCAGGCAAGUGGCGAGGGCUUAUGGAUGCAUUUCUGCAGAAGGCUUUCGCUCAUCCGGCCGUGAAAAGCGGCUAUGCAGGGGCCAUCGGGUAUUGCCUGGGUGGCCAGAGCUGCUUGGAGCAGGUUCGUGCCGGGCAGCAGGUCCAGGCGAUUUGCAGCCUCCAUGGCCUGCUCCACUCCAGGCCCACGACAGAGGCCGAACCUCUCAAUUCCUUGAAACGUAUGUCCAGGGAGGACUAUGCCAGGGAAUUGGCAAUUCCCAACACGUACAACACAGAUUGCCGUGUACUUAUUCAGAACGGCGCAGCAGAUCAGGAAGUCCCCAGCGAUACCGUCGUCGAUUUCAUGCAG